CUGUAAGCUGACUGAAAAAUUCACACAUAAUGUAUAUCACAGUUCUUCGCACUAUCAGCGUAAAUUAACUCAAUUCUUUAAACCAUUUCUCAUAUUUUUAAGUCGGUACAACAGCAAGUACAGUAGAACAUGAUUCAUCAAGUAACUCGRUAAUGGUGGCGUACGAGUCUUCCAUCUUUACCAUCAUUGGGGUAGCGUUGCUGCUUUCCAUGAUAUUCCUGGUUCGCAUGUGUAUACGUAAGAUAAGAAGGAGAAAACUUGAAGAGGACUUUAGUAUGACAUCUUUGGAUGCUCGCCACUCUUAUCAGUUUCUUACUGAUUUUCCGCAAAGCAACAGAACGCUACAAACCACCUCCUUUGAGGUACCAGCUCCCAUAAAGAACACCAAAGUAUCUGAAAUUAGUUCUCCUACGAAAAUCGUUACCGCUGUUUCUCCAAUUCCAUCAAAAAUCUGUGUAACCUCUCCAAAGGGAGAAAGAAGAAAAUCCAUCUGGGAAAUGGAGUUACCAAAUAUCGACAUCGAACACGUUCCGAGUAGAGGUCAAAGGGAAACCAUUGGAAGAUCAGCAUCAUUCAGCUCAGCAAACAGAAGAGACGCUUUUGCAAUGUUAAGCGACAAAAGUGUAAUGGCAGAACUGAAAUCUUUGAAAAAGAAAGAAAAAAAGAAGCGUUGGAAGAAGAUUGUUAAUCAAAAAAUGCAGUCAUAAUUGAGUUUUAUGUGAUUUGUAACUUUAUAUCGCAAAAAUAUAUAUUUGAAUAAAUCAUAUAUAAUUCUGACAAAAAAAAAAACU